AUGACCUCCGCGGACGCCAAGAUGAAUUCUCGAAAGCUGGAGACCGCGCUUCAGAGCUUUUACCACCGGUUGCUGCAGCCGCUGUCCCUCUUCCCCCGCAGGGUGACCCCCGCAGAAAAGGACCGCCUGCAGAAAGUCCAGAUGCUGCAGGCCUUGCCCAGCACUCGGCUGACGGUGGAGUCCCUGUGCCGCCUGGUAACGGAGCGGCUGGCUCGUAGCGGGUUGGCAGCUCAGGUACUUCCCGAGGGCCGGCUCCGCCUCACCGAGGUCAUCCUGAACGAGCUGAAGUGCAGCUGGCAGGAGCCUCCGGCCGAGCCUAGUCUGAGCCACCAAGACAACCAGAAGCUGCGGGAGCGGCUUGAGGCGCACGUGCUACUAAGCAGUGAACAGCUCUUCUUACGCUACCUGCACCUGCUGGUGACUCUGUCGGCCCCCACAGGGGUCUUCACCGAGCCAGCCACCAUCAUCCGCUUGGCAGCCAGCCUCGCCAAAGACUGCGCGCUCUUCCUCACCGGCCCCGACGUCUACCGUAGCCUGCUCGCCGACUUUCGAACCCUUCUGAAAGUAGAUGGAGCCCACAAUCGUGUGAAGACGAGUCACCUUAGCUCCAUGCGGGCUUUUAAGCUCUGCCCUAUCCCUUGGCCUCACAGCAUCGGCUUCGCCCAAGUGCCAUGCUCCAGCAUCAACCUGAACUACCUCAUCCACCUCAGCCGCCCUUCAGAGUUCCUCGGUGAGCCAGGAGCGGAUCCGCUGAAAGAAUUGACAGCCAUUCCCCAGUUGAAGAAGAAGAAGACUCUCCUCUGGCCACCCUCCCCGUUAAAGAAGACAAACUUGAACCAGGUUCCCUCACAGAUUGAGCCACUUCCCAGCAGCACGGUGGCCCCCACCAGCCAGACCGCCCCCACCACCCAGUUUCCCAGCCACUCCCAGCUCCCAAGAAGCCAGUCCAUGCCCAGUCUACGAGAGGGCUGGAAGCUAGCAGAUGAGUUGGGCCUUCUCCCGCUCCCCCCUCGUACCUUAACUCCACUGGUCCUAGUUGCCGAGAGCAAGCCAGAGCUGGCAGGGGACGCUGUGGCUGAGGAUCUGAAGACGAUGAUGAAGAAACUCAAAUUGGAGUGGCCUCACUAUCUAUCACUGGACUCAGACCUGCCCCCACUCCUAGGGGCCCUGACCCGCCAUCCAACUGCAGGGCAUCGCCUGAGGGAGCUUCAGAGGAUGUUGAAGGCUCUGGAGGAGGAAGAAACCUUUCAUCAGCAGGACCACCACCCCCCUGAGACCUCUCCACAUCACCCACAGCCAGUGACCGUAACUCUGAAGCUAAGGAAUCAGCUUGUGGUAGAGACAGCUGCCGUACGAAUCUCAGAUAGGAACUUUGUGGACUCCUUCUAUGUUGAGGGGGCUGGAGUACUGUACAACCACCUAUCGGGUGAACUGGAGCCCAAACUUAUGGAAGAGAUGGAUUGCAAACACUCCGUUGGCAGUAGCAGCAGGGAGAUCUACAAGGAAUUGAUGAGCUGUGUCUCUAAGAGCCACUUCCGUUUUGACCAGGGCCCCCUGAUAGAGCCUGUAGCUGAUACAGACUGGUCAGCCUUCCUGUCCUCAGCCCUCCUCCGUCAAGAAAAACUGCGUCACAUCAUAAACCCUGAGCUGGCGAAUCCUUCUAGCCAGGGAGCCAGCACGUUACCAUUCAACCCUAACAAGGCGUCUUCUCUCACAUCCCUCCACGUGAAGAAAAGUUGGGACCAGCGGUCCACCAAAGCCUCAUGGUGGAAAACCAACCUGUCCGAGGAGGACUAUUUCAAAUACCUCACCACCCAGGAAACCGAUUUCCUCCAUGUCAUAUUCCAAAUGUAUGAGGAGGCGGUUCCUGUGGAACCGGUGGCCCCUGUCAAGGAGGUCCUGGAGCUUCGGCACCCUCCCCCCUUACUAGAAGAGGAAGAGCCCUGGGACUUUGUGCCGGAUGAGUGGAAUUGCAACGUCGUGCUGCAGCAUGGGCUGGGAACUACGGAGCUUAACUUCCUGGGGGAAUGCCACAAGAUCCCAAGCCUACAGAAUCGUAUGGAGCGGCUGUGGUCCAUGCUUGAGGUCCCUUACAAGGACCGACUGGACAUGGUCAUCAAGUACAGCUCCAAUGCCCGUCUGAGGCAGCUACCUGCUCUCCUGAGCGCCUGGGAGCAGGCCCUGCAGCCCAUUCAGCUGCGGGAGAUACUGCUGGGGAAACUGGAGUGGUUUGAGCGGCAAGCCUCCAAUCCCAAUCGCUUCUUCCAGAAGCCUGACAGGAGCCCGUGUUGCCUGCUGGAGGAAAAUCAAAUCCGCAACCGUCUGCAGAGGAAGCUCAACCAAGUAGAGGCCUCCUUGGCUUGUCUCCUGGGGGAAAUCGAGUCAAUCUUUGAUGAGCCAGUGACCUUUAAGGGGCGACGCUACCUGGACAAGAUGAAGCAUGACAAAGUAGAGAUGCUCUACUGGCUGCAGCAGCGUAGGAGGGUCGGCCACCUGGUUCGAGCCCAGAGAGCCUUCCAUUCCCAGACAGCCCAGUCUGGGAAGUUCAGCAGCCUGCAUUUAGUAGCUCCUGGAAACACUCCCAUUACCCUUUGA